AUGCUUGCGCCUUGUUACAUGCAUGAUGACCCAGAGAGAGAAGAUAGGAGCAGCCCAAAUAUCUUGGUCUGUAUUUUGAUAUACUGCGCGGCAAGAAUUCCUUCCCUCUACUAUCGAACCAACAUCCCACAAGCUGUUCCAAAAUCAAGAACAAUGGCAAUCACUCGCUGUGUCACCGACCCGUCCGGCAUGGCCGUAUCUCGUGCAUUUGCUGUGCAGAGCAUGAUACGCGAGGUGGAACAUUUUAAGGCAAUUAAAACGCUCCUUGAGAAAGCACAGGAUCAACUCUGCCAACUGGUAUGCACCAACGAUCAAGUUCGGGACGCCUAUGUUGCACUAGAAGAGGCUCAGGACUUCAUCCUGCGUGGCAAGUCGGAAAAGGAAAGCAGUCUGGACAAUGAACAGGCUAUGCUCAAGCAACUUCUCAACGCCAGCGAUCUCAAUCCGAUGACUAAACAUGAACUAUAUGUUUGCAUCCAACGCCUCCGAGCCUACCAAAAACGAAAAGAGAGUGAGGAAGACUCAGACUAUUCUUUCGACAAUAAAAAUGACGAAAUGAACAACUAA